GGGGCCAACGGACCAUCCACUUCCGGAGCCGAGGUUUUCCGAUAACGGCCCAUGAGGCCCAGUGCGGGCGGCGGGCGGUGGGCGGUGUCGCCGGCCGUCUGUGCUUGUCCUGCGUCCCGCCCGAGGCGUAGAGCUGGUCCUCGCGGGCGGCGGGACGCUCCGAGGAGCCGCACGGCAGCUGCACCAUGGUCCACCUCACUGCCUACCUGUGCAAGGCCUACCGUGGAGGCCACUUAACGAUCCGCCUUGCCCUGGGUGGCUGCACCAACCGGCCUUUCUACCGCAUUGUGGCUGUUCACAACAAGCGUCCCCGAGACGGCCGUUUCCUGGAGCAGUUGGGCUCCUAUGACCCACUGCCCAACAGUCAUGGAGAAAAGCUCGUUGCCCUCAACCUGGACAGGAUCCGGUACUGGAUUGGCUGUGGAGCCCACCUCUCUAAGCCUAUGGAAAAGCUGCUGGGUCUUUCUGGCUUUUUCCCUCUGCAUCCUAUGAUGAUCACAAAUGCUGAGAGACUGCGAAGGAAACGGGCACGUGAAGUCCUCUUAACUUCUCAGAAAACAGAUACAGAGGCUACAGAAACAGAAGCAAGCUGACUUCAGUGAGCAUAGCAGUGGAAACAAGGUCAAGGUUCUCUUAAAACACUUGUGGAGUGCUCUUAAUUAUGUUAGAUUUGGAGGUUAAUAAAUGGAAUAUUCGGAGUCCCCCAUGCUCUUCUGGGCCAGCCUGAGCAGGGCCUAGGAAGAGAUUCGUUCUUGUCUGACAUAGAGCUGGGUUUAGGUACUAAUGAGCUCUUUGGCCUUUGUCUUGGGAAAGACAGUGACUUUGAAGAGGACUGGACCUUUGGGACUUUUGGACAAUUUUAUAAUCUGACUUCCAAGACUUCCCUGCUUCAUAGCCCCCCAACUAAAAUGUUUAUGACCCAUCCAAAUCUUUCCUUAAUUAAUGGUCAUCCCACAAGCUCAAGAACCACAGUUACCUUAUUGUUUUUGUAAUUGGAGAUUUAUAUUGUCUUGCUUGACACAUAAUCUCAAAUUUUUAAAGGUAGAUUAGUUAUGAAAAUUGCUUUUGGGCUGUAAUAGCCUACCUUUUAAGAAUGAGAAUCUGGAAGAAAGCUAAUAUUGUAAAGCACCUAGAUAUAUCUUGCAAUAUUAUUUGUGUGGAUUGUAAAGUAUCGUGAAGGUAGGUAUGAUUAUCUCCAUUUUAUGGAUAGGGAAGCUGAGGUGCAGAGGUAGAAAUUAACCCAGUGAUAAAGAAUUCAGACCCCAGUGUGCCUUCUUUGAAAGCCUUUUCUGUUACCUGGCACAGGUUUGGCCUACCUUUCUCCAGACAAAAAAACAAUGCAAAAGUCAAAUGUUGGUGAAAAUGGAAGUCAGCUUUUAUUCAGGAAUACCAGUGACCUAAGGAGAGAUGUUAGGCUAACCCAUCUCUCCAGUAAACCUGAAGGAGAAGGGCGAGACUAAAGAAUCAGAUUUAUUGAGGGGUUUUUAAAGAGGGGGUUGAGGGAGUGGAAAAUGGGAAAUGAAAAACAGGAGGGGGGACGAUGUGUGAGGGGCCAGGUGCAGAUUCUCAGCAAGGCUCCAUCUGGUUUCAGCUCCCAUCCUUGCUACAAUUGUUAUGAGGCUGUCGCAUGGAAAAGGAACCAGAAUACCCAAUAGAGAACUUAAAAAGGGGGUCUUUAUUAGCUGGCUAGCGACUGUCUCUCCAGAUAUUCUGGUAAGAGAGCAGCCCUGAGUUUAAGUUUAAGGGGUCUUUUAAAGGCACAUAGUCACACAAGAAAAAAAUCAUAUAGUCACACAGUCGAAGUUCUCAUAAUCAUACACAUUCCCUCCUAGUGUGAGGAGGGAGGGGGUUUUGUGAGGCCUAAUGCAAGCUGGUUACAGAAGCCAAGAUAAGCUAGUUAAGCACUUAGCGACAGCAAAAACUUCCACAGGGCGGUUUCCUCCUUAGGUUGUCUAGAUACAUCCAGAUACAGCUCUUGUUUUUAUCAGUCAGGGACAGCAUAGGUGGGAAACAGCAGAGGCAGGCAGAAUUUAUAAUUUUUCUAAGUACAGGACAAUUUUUAACCUUCAGUUUUCACCACAGGUGUUGAGGGGGUUUUCAAACAAGAACACUUUUCAAACAGUAAAAAUGGCAUAAGCGAAAUCAGUCUACCUUGUCACACUCUCUCAGGGUCUGGGUAGUACAUGCAAGUCUGCAGCUUCAGGCUAGCUGGCAAACAACUUUACAUUUUUGUAAAUAAUGUCAUCUUGCCCCAUAACCAGGUUCAAAAUAUCAAAUAACCAUGGGAAAAGAAGAAACUCAGAGAAAUGCAUGCCAAGGAAAAAACUAUAUCCUUUAAAAAUCUUUUAGAGCCCAUAUGGUGUUAGGUUCCACCAUGGCUUCAGUCCUGCUAACUCCAACAUUUCCAACAUAUUAUGUUGUCUGUAGGUGGAAAAAUGAGCAAAGAUGGGGGCUUUUUGAAAGUCCACUUAGAAAGUCUGAUGGAAUCAUGUUUAGGUAUCAUGAGUUUGAUAAUGGAAAUGAUUGGUUGUGCCAAAACAAAAUACCACAUUAUCUGUUCCACCGGAACUGCAGGAUUCUACAACUAUAAGCAUGAAUUACAUGGUUUUAGUGCACACGCUGUAUAACAUAGAUUUCAAAUUCUGGCAUAAGACUAAGAUACAAAAAAUUUAUAAAGGAGGUUCUAAAGCCCUCUCAAUGUACCACCGUAUUCUCAUAUUCUGAGAACAGUUACUAGCAAUCUCAAAUUCUGGAAUCAUCGAGGCUCCUCCAGGGUUGUUGCUAGUUGGCCCCCGCUUUUUUUGAGGAGACUUUGAAGCCAGGGCAGGCCGAGAGGAACUGACUUUAACUGGGUUUCAUCUUGGAUCUGGCAAAGAAAUGUUUUGAAAACCAUGGCAACUCUGGGAGGGUGAAAGCUAUUAAUGUAUCUUGGAGAGUUUGAGGCAUUGCAGAAACUUAUUGGCAGAAGAGUAUGUAAUUCUGGAAAGUGCUGGUCAUGAGGUGAACUGAUGUGAAAUGGGUUAAAGUAAGGUGUUUUGAGCCACUGAGUUUCUGCCAAGUCAGGUAUUCAUUUUGCAUUCUGGUUUAUCAUUUUUCUAAGGUUUGUAUACACUUAUUUCCUGGAUGAGCUUAUCCUCUCCUCAAUUUCCAAAGUUUUCUCCAACCUUAGCCUUGCUUUGGAUCUCCAGGCCCAAGUUUCUCACCAUGUGUUGGAUGAUUGCUCCAGCCUACCCUGCUACCAUUUCAAAUCCAACAUGCUGAAACCCAGCUAUGAACCUUACAAAGCAUUAAAAUAGAAAGAGCCUCUGCUUCAGUAGCUUACGUUUUUGUUAAGAUGAGGGUUUGGGGCGUGUGUAAGCCUGCUCAGGAGCAGGAAGGUGAAUGGGGUUGGUCCUGUAAUAAAUGUCCAAUCCCCAAUUCCUAUGAGAUAAAGAGUUUUGAGAAGACCGGUGUUUUGUGCUUUUUAUUCAAUGUGGGUUUUUUCCCAGGGCUCUUUGGAAAGUACUCUAGCAGUCACAACCUGUAGGUUGCAAAAUUAUUUGGGCCUACAGCUCUAUGUACUCCUUUCAGGAUCAUCUUUGAAAAAAAACAAAUCUAUGUAACUGUUAGGAUGAACCACGUGAAAUUGCUGAAUGCUGAUUGGGUUGGUUUUUGGUUUUUGUUUUUAAAUAAAUCUGGCUAUGUAUAAGUUCAUCCUAAUA